ACCCCAGCUCUCACUUUCUCCCUCUUAUAAAUUGCAGAAUUUUAGGCUUUCAGCUUACUGGCUUUGAUUUCCUCUCUCUCUCUCUCUCACACACCACACACACUCACCAUGAGAGAGAAAGUGGUAAGCAUUGAAGGAUAGAGCUCAAUCAACACAUAAUAAAAACAAAUCAAACAUGCAUAUGGCUACAAAUAAAUGAAGGGCCAGAAUAGGAGUUGUGUGUUUAUGAGUAUUUUUUUGCCAUUCUCCUGCAAUCAAUUUCAAUUGAGGUGUUUUUCACCCCUCAAACCUCUCCUCUAUUUUACCUCUUCUUCUGCCAGCUAACUCUCCCUCUCUCUCCAUACUGCGAUUUCCUUUUUCUUUGAUUUCUUUGAUUAACUUUUUUUUUUUUUUUUCUUUCAAAUUUUCAUAUCCUAUCAUCUUAUUCUUCUCUCUUCCAAUCUAUGAUUUCACUCGCGCACACUUUCUUUCUUUCUCUCUCUUUUGAUGAACAAGUGGAUCUGGUGUCAUUUUCAUCAAUUCUUGACUAGGGUUUCCUGGGAUUCUUAAAUCUUUUUUAUUUCUGUUUCCUAUUGUCAUGAUUCCGAUUUUGUCCGACCUUCAACCAAAGUUUCAGCUGCUAUUCGUCAUAAUUUGAGUUUGCGGGCAUUGUGUCCAUUUCUUUUGCCUAUUCUAAUAUAAAGAAAGGUCUUUUCCCAGAAACAUAUAUAUAAAAAAUUGAGUCUUGGAUACUAAGCCUGGAUUUUCAUUUUGAAAGAAUUAAUCUGGAGAGGAUUCUGGAUCAAGGAUCUCUUCGAACGUGAUUGGCCUCUCAGAGAAAGAAAUUUUUUCCAUUGGAGAAUCGACCCUAUUGACGUGACGAGACUUGUCCAAUCACGUAUUCAACGUGUGUUAUGCCUGUUAUCUCUAAUAACGUGCGGCUGCUUUAUGGUUUAUAUGGGAGAUGAGAAUGUCGAGCGAAAGUGAUGAGAGGACGAAGCCCAACAGUGGCGUAGAUUCCCCAUCUGUUGAUGAUGGUAUUGAAGGAAAUGUCGGAGGGAAUGGCCCGCUUAAAAAAGGUCCUUGGACUUCUGCUGAGGAUGCAAUUUUAGUUGAAUAUGUUACAAAACACGGAGAGGGGAACUGGAAUGCAGUACAGAAACACUCGGGGCUUGCCCGCUGUGGAAAAAGUUGUCGUUUGAGGUGGGCGAAUCACCUCAGACCAGAUCUUAAGAAAGGUGCAUUUACGCCUGAGGAGGAGCGUCGCAUAAUUGAACUCCAUGCCAAGAUGGGAAACAAAUGGGCUCGAAUGGCUGCUGAGUUGCCUGGCCGCACGGAUAAUGAGAUUAAGAAUUACUGGAACACCAGAAUCAAAAGAAGACAACGUGCUGGCUUACCAAUAUAUCCAGCUGAUAUCUGUUUGCAGUCAUUGAAUGAUAACCUGCAAAGUGAUGAUAUGAGUAAUUUGUCUUCUAGUAAUGUGCACCAUCCAGAACUCAUGCCAAUUAACAACUUUGACAUUCCGGCUGUGGAAUUUAAGAAUAUGGAACUCAAUCACCAUAUAUACACACCAGCUCUUCUGGAUUUUCCUGCUAGUAACUUGCUUGAUAUUCCCGCGAGUAGCCUGCUUACGCAGAGUUUAAAUUCUUCGUACCAUAACAAGUCCUUGCUCCCAACAGUUCAUCCAUCCAAGCGUCUUCGUGGGUCAGAACCAAUGUUCCCUGGCUUAAAUGCUCCUAUUUGUAAUGUUUUCCCAGGUGGGAAUCAAUACCAUAUUGAUAGUUCUAUGCAAAUUGGUAAAUCUUCGGUGUUCUCUGCAUAUGAUCAGAAUCCUGCAGCUGAUCAUGCAAGAACUUCGAGUUUACCUAAUGGCAGCCAUGCCAUCUCAAAUGGCAACUCUUCUUCUGAGCCUUCUUGGGCAAUGAAGCUGGAGCUCCCUUCACUCCAAACUCAGAUGGGUACUUGGGGCUCACCCUCACCCUCUUCCCCGUUGCCUUUCUUCGAGUCCGUUGAUAUUUUAAUCCAAACGCCUCCAAAUGAGCACAUGAACUCUUGUAAUCUUUCACCCCAGAAUAGCGGUCUAUUGGAUGCAGUUCUCUAUGAAUCAGAAACUAUGAGAAACUCAAAGAGCAACGGUGGUGUUCAGCAGACCCCACAUGCUUCCACUGUGGCAGUCAAUACGAUGGAUGACUCAGCACAAGCUCUCCACGAGACGGAAUGGAGAGCAUAUGAAGAACAACUCUCUCCUUUAGGUCAUUCUUCCUCAUCGGUGUUCAGUGAGAGCACCCCCAUCAGUGGGAACUCCUUGGAUGAGCCCUUCCCUACGGGGACCUUGCCAGUUAAGGACGAAGCAAUAAACGGGGGCCUAGUGCCAUACGAUAAUAACAUUGAGAUGAGAAACCAGAUGAUCUUUUCCAGACCGGAUUUGUUGCUCGCCUCGAACUGCUUCAGCCCACUUAAACACCCAACUAAGGAACACACUCUAAAAGAUGCAAUCGGGACGAUUCUUGGUGGUGAUUUGAGCAGAGACUGCAAAAAAGUCGACGCAGUGGCCACUCCAUCAGCUCAAGGCCAUGAUCACGAUUCCGGUGCUUGGAACGCCAUGCCUACGGUCUAGUCACUUAUUUGCAUUUGAGAAAUGCAGAUUUUCAACUGCCUCUGGACAUGUUUUCUGUUUUCUAUUGCUACUUGUCGCAUGAAUCAAGAAGUUCUGGCCUCAAUAUUGGGGCAGAAAUAUCUUAUUUUUCAGGAUCAAUUAUGUGAUGUUUUGGUCAUGAUGUCUAGCAGGCAACAUUGUAACAACUUGUGCACAUUUGUAUGUGUUUUAUGAGAGCUGUACGAGAAUGUUUCAACGAA